AUUAUAUUAAGAGGCUAAGAGCAAACGUGGAACAGCUCGGGUGGUUCCAAUUCAACGAGAGCAUCAAGUUGAUGAUAUAAACAAGGGAUCGAAAUUUAAUAGGCAGAAUGAUCGAGGAGCUCUCUCUGUAUUCGGUAUCUAGCUGCUACUUUGCAAUCGAAUUCGAAAAUGGUGGUAGUACCAACAUCAAUCCAUCUACCAUUUUGCAUCAGUAACUACAGUAUCAAUUGUUGCAGAAAUACUGCCAGAAACAAUGGCGACACCAUUUGUCAGAAUUAUCGUCGCAGUACAAGCAGUAAUUUUGGUAAAAUGGAAUUAGGGAAAAUUGCAAAAUUAGGGUUUGAUGCUUUACCUCGGCGUAAUUUAGUACCUCAAUUUAGAAAAAUUGGGCAGAAGAUCAGCUGCAAAGCUGCGGAAACAAGUUCAAGUUCAAGUUCAAGCUCAGACGUGUAUCAAGGUGUUUAUGGUCCCUGGACUAUUGACUCAUCUGACGUUCGCGAGGUGAUUUUAUAUAGGUCUGGACUUGUGACAGCUGCACUCUCCUUUAUUCUUGCUUCUUCGACAGCUUUUUUGCCAAAGAACUCUUUGUUCACCGACAUCCUUGAGAAAAAUAUUGAUUCAUUAUAUAUAUUGGGAUCUGCUGGACUGGGUCUGUCAUUAUUUUUAAUUCACAUGUAUGUAACUGAAAUCAAGCGCACCUUGCAAGCAUUCUGGGCAUUGGGUGUCGUUGGUUCUUUGGUCACUUACACAGCUCUUGCCCAACCAGCUGGUGAGGGUUUGGUGCAAUACGUUGUUGAUAACCCAAGUGCUGUCUGGCUUGUGGGUCCUGUUUUUGCUGCUCUCACGGGAUUGGUUUUCAAGGAAGGCCUAUGCUAUGGGAAGUUGGAAGCUGCCGUCCUUACAAUUAUAAUACCCUCCACUCUUCUUGGGCAUUUGAGUGGCAUAAUGGAUGAUGCCGUAAAAUUGAAUCUCCUGGGACUGUGGAUGGCUCUCUUUAUUAUUUUUGCUGGAAGGAAGUUCACUCAACCUAUAAAGGAUGACAUAGGUGACAAGUCUGUGUUCAUUUUUAACGCUCUUCCAGAAGAGAAGAAGGCAGCUUUGCUUGAGAAGCUUGAGCAGCAAAAAUCUUAAUUUAAAUUUUGCUUGAGACCCAGCUUCCUCAGCAAUCUAUGUAAAUAUUGUUUUCUUGAGCUUGCGAUGGGGCAGAUGACGAUUGUUGAAAUGGUCUCACAUAUGCUACGGAAAGCUGGAAGUUGUGCAAGGAACUUUCUGUACAUCAUAAGAACUAGUAUAUAAAGGAUUCUAUUGUGACAUCUCUUCCUGGUUUUUGUUGGGCCUGCAUCUUCGGUUGUGAAGUAUCCCCGGCCCCGCAACCAGCAUAUUGACUGGGAACUGUCAGGAGAAUGAUCAAGCUUGAAAAUUUUGAAGUCGUCUAUACUUAGUCGAAAUGAUGUACAAGAGAUUUAUACGAUGUGGUUCAGAAUGUUGUUGGCCAUUGAAAUGUUGUACAAGAGCUUUUUAUGCACUAGUAUAAAUGUUACCUUCGGAAGUCAUUGUUAGUUUUAAGCCCAUGUAAAGGAUGAGGGUUGUGGUGAGUGAUAAGUAGCGUAAAAAUUUGUGAUGUCUUAUGACAUGAGUCAAAUUCAAUUUCAAAUUAA